AUGAAAGCAACCCCGUGGCGAUGUUUGGAAACCUCCUCGCUGAACAACAUCUUGUUCCCUUCGCCCAUGGAUGUUUCUCCGAAGCCUUGUGACCUUACCUCGAUUCCGGUUUUAGUCAGCACAACUUCAACAAACCUUGAUCUUCGUAAUGGUGCCGUGUCCAAGACGAUCCUGAAACAAGCUGGACCUGAAAUACAACAAGCACUCAAACUAAAUUAUCCGAAAGGGCUAUCUGACGGAGGGGUUGCGGUAACAAAGGGAUACAACCUCAAAUGCGCACAUGUCAUACAUGGUUAUGUUGCCCCUUGGGACGGACAGCAGAAAACGCGCACUGACCUUAGACGCUUCGUUACACGUUGUUUGGAAGAAACACAGAAGAUGGGCCAUGAUGGAGUUGCAGUUCCAGCGAUUGGCACUGGAGCGCUUGGCUACCCAAAAGACGUCGUGGCAACAGAAAUGCUGACUGCUGUCUCAGAAUUUGCAGCAAACAAUUCAAACUCACCCAUCAACCGUGUCGAAUUCGUACUGUUUCCAACGGAUUCGGACACAAUCAAGGCGUUUGAACUGGAAUUUUCAAAAUGGUCGAUGGUUAGUCAACAAAAUAGAGACCGAGACUACGAUUACGUUGGAAAUUCACGAACCAAAGGACAAGUAUCUAUAGCCCUUGUCAAUCUAUGUGGGAAAAAGCUUGUGGAGGAGGCCAAGGCCAAGCGACUGGCCAAGAAACCAACUAUCGAUGUUGGUUCAACACGGUUUCAAGAAAUGGCUGUCGAUACCAUUCACCUACGAGUGUACGCAUUGGAUGAUUCAAACAUCAGAAACGCUAUCAAACAGAUCAUUAAGGAUGCGAUCCAGAUAGAAAACGACAGUGAACUAGCUUUGAUGUGUAAAGCGGUUGUCAAAUGGUUCUUCAUUGAAGAAGUGAAUGGUGAUGAAAUUAAUACCGCGUUUCCAGACAAAGUAAAUCUGAAAAUAGAACAAUCAUACAAAAAUAAAGAAGACAAGUUCAUAUAUCGAAGCGGCGGCUUAGAAAUUGUCGUUGAUUUCAAAACAUUACAAAAAUAUGAGAAGGGCGAAACCGAUGAUAGUAAAAAAUUGCAAUUAGUUCGAAAAGAUUUAAUUGAAGACCGACACAUAGAAACACCAAGUGAAUGGAAGAAAACAAAAGGAAAUUGCUAUGUGAACGUCUUGCUUUGUACGGAUCUUAAAUAUGAACCUAUUGAAAAUACAUUCAAGGAAACGUCUGGACCCGGGUGGACUGUCCUAAAGAUUGAGGAGGUCCAGAACAAGGCCCUAUGGCGUCAAUAUCAUGCAAAGAAGAAGCAACUAGAAGAACAAAAUCCGCCGGGAACAACAAACGAACGUUUCCUGUGGCAUGGAACAACAGAGAGCACCGUGGAUAGCGUCAAUCUGCAUGGCUUCAAUCGCAGUUACUGUGGAAAGAAUGCGACCUAUUAUGGAUGCGGAGUUUACUUUGCGAUCAAAGCGUCGUAUUCUACACACGACAUAUAUUCCAAACCAGAUGCUAACGGCGUCAAGCGAAUGUACUACUGCUCAGUUUUGACAGGAGAAUAUGCAAAGGGUGACCCUGAAAUGCGAGUACCGCCACCUAAGCCGUCAGGUGGGAAACAUGCAUUAUAUGAUUCGGUGACGAAUUCUCUUGAUUUACAAGAUCAAAAGAUGUUCAUUAUAUUUAAUGAUACUCAGGCAUACCCAUUGUUUAUUAUAUCUUUUAAGAAGAGUACUUAAUAUGUAUGCAUCGUAUGUUAUGGGCUGCCUUUUAUGA